AUGCAAGAAUUACCAGACUCAGUUACUAGCUUAUUAAAGUCUACAAGAUUUGUUCAUUUGGCAACUUGCCAAAAUAAUAUUCCUCAUGUUACCUUAAUGAAUUACACGUAUUAUAAUAAACCAUCGGAGGGUCAAAGUUAUAUUAUAAUAACGACACCUAGAGAUACUAUCAAAUAUGAAAAUAUCUUAGCUAAUCCAAAUGUAUCGCUUUUAGUUCAUGAUUGGAUCUCAGCGAAAGCUUCUGAUAAUAAUGGGGAAACUGAGAACAAAAGAAGAAAUUCCCUUUACGAAUUGUUGACCAAUUUGAAUAGAACUGAGAUCAGCAGGGUGUCAGUAAUGUUAACAGGAAAAGCGAAGAUUAUUGAAGAUACAGAUUCGGAUGAAUACAAAUUUUACAAAUCAUUGCACUUGAAUAACACUCUGAUCGAUGAUAAUCAAGCGAAGAACUAUAUUUCAAAUGAUAAUAACGUGCUAGUUCUUGUUAAAAUUGAGCGCUGUAAGGUUACCGACACGGAUGAUAAUGUUCAAGAAUUUUGA